GUAAACUUCAGAAACUGACUCACUCAGGAAAGAAAAUCAUGGGAUCAGCUCUCACUCCUUCGAUGGGAUCCUCAGGUUUUUUACCGUCUGGGUCUUUGCCAGAAUCUUUGAUUUAUGUAUCCAGUGAAGUAGCUUCAAUGGAAAAGCUUCCUUUUAUACAGGUUAGGAACAUUUCAACAAUGAUAAGGAGGAUCAAGCUUCUGUCAUCUUUGUUUGAAGAGAUUCAAGAAAUAGACACCCCACUUCCUCCAUCUUUAGUCUUGUGUCUCACUGAGCUUUUCUCAGUGAUCCGGAGAGUUAAAGGUUUGAUUGAAGGGUGCAAGGAUGGCAGCUCUCUUUGGGGUCUCAUACAGACACAGUUCAUUUCCAAUCAGUUUUAUAUGACAGUGAAGGAGAUGGGAAGUGCACUUGAUAUUUUGCCUCUGAGUUUGCUUAAUAUAACCACAGAUACCAGUGAGCAAGUUGAGCUUCUUCACAAGCAAGCAAAAAGGGUGGAAUUGUUUGUAGACUCCAGGGAGCUUCAAAGAAGAGAAGAGCUUCUCCAAGUAAUGGCCUCUAACAAUGAAAAGAAGAGGAAAAACCAAAGUUUCAUCGACUUUGAAGCAGUGAAAGAAGUUUUCUGCAGCAUUGGUAUGAGAAGCCCACUGGAUUAUGAGGAAGAAAUAUCAAAGCUAGAGGCAGAAGCACAGAAGCAGGCAGGCACAGGAGGGCUAGUUGUAGUUUCCAAUUUAAACAAUCUCAUAUCCCUUGUUUCAUAUUCCAAAUCCAUGAUUUUCUCUAGCGAAGAAAGUGAGAAGACCAAGCAAGACAUCAAGCAGCAGCCUUAUGUUUCUAAUAGUAGAAAUCUUGAUCAGUCUUCAUCUUCUCAAUCUAUGUCGUCUAUCAUUCCAGAUGAAUUUCGUUGCCCGAUUUCACUUGACCUGAUGAAAGAUCCAGUGAUUGUAGCAUCUGGGCACACUUAUGAUCGAAAUUCAAUAGCCCAAUGGAUCAACACAGGACAUCACACGUGCCCAAAAAGUGGGCAGAGGUUAAUUCAUAUGGCCCUCAUACCCAACUAUGCACUAAGGACUCUAGUGCAACAAUGGUGCCAAGUGAACAAUAUCCCAUUAACAGAAUGUUCAUCGAAUGCAUCACAUUUGGAGAGAAGUACUAGCAAGAAAAAAGCAUGUGAGAAAGCCAUUGAUCACAUUUCUGUCACGAAAGUGGCAAUAGAUGCUGUCAAAAUGACAGCUGAGUUUUUAGUGGGAAAGUUAGCAAUGGGUUCCCCUGAUAUCCAAAGGCAGGCGGCUUAUGAGCUUCGGUUGCUUGCGAAAACUGGCAUGGAUCAUCGCAAGAUAAUUGCAGAGGCAGGGGCUAUACCAUUUCUUGUGACAUUACUAAGUUCACAUGAUCCAAGAAUCCAGGAAAAUGCUGUCACUGCCUUACUCAAUCUUUCCAUUUUUGAAAACAAUAAGGUCUUAAUAAUGGCAGCUGGAGCUAUCGACAACAUAGUGGAAGUUUUGGAAUCAGGAAAAACCAUGGAGGCAAGAGAAAAUGCAGCAGCAGCAAUUUUUAGCCUGUCAAUGAUAGAUGACUUCAAGGUAGCAAUUGGAGCUCGUCCUAAAGCAAUUCUGGUCCUGGUUGGGCUCCUGAGAGAAGGAACAACAGCUGGCAAAAGGGAUGCUGCGACUGCAAUAUCCAACCUUGCACUUUAUAAUGCUAACAAAGCAAGCAUUGUAGUUGCUGGGGCAGUUCCUUUGCUCAUUGAAUUAUUAAUGGAUGACAAAGCAGGCAUAACAGAUGAUGCCUUAAGAGUGCUGGCUCUACUUUUGAGUUGUCCUGAAGGGCUUGAAGCUUUAAAAAAGAGUAGGGUUUUGGUGCCUCUUCUUAUUGAUCUCUUGAGAUUUGGAUCAGCCAAAGGGAAGGAGAACUCAAUAACACUUUUGCUGGGGUUGUGCAAAGAUGGAGGAGAGGAAGUUGCUAGACGCCUGCUAAUAAAUCCACGAAGUAUUCCUUCCCUUCGAAGCUUGGCUGCUGAUGGUUCUUUGAAAGCUCGAAGAAAGGCUGAUGCACUGCUUAGAUUGCUCAACAGGUGCUGCUCCCAAUCUCACAAUCCUGUCGGAUAACAUGUCACCAACUUCUAGAGACUGUAAAUGUGUGGAAAAGACAGUGAAAAACCUCUUUCUGUAAAUGAUCUUAAAGCAAUUUGAUGGAUUCAUUAGCAUUAAAUCAGUUUGAUUUUAUACCAAAAUAUAACCUUGAUAUUCUCAAGUGGAAAAAAAUCACCUUGAUGAUAGCUGAUUCUGAUCUGCAAAAUAUUAGUUUCAACGUCUUUAAUUCCUAUCAGAUUCCAUUAAAAUGACAGUGGAAAUCAUUUGCUGGCGGCAGAGACUUUUCCAAGAAAUUCAAAGAACAUUUUACAUGCAAAAACAAAGUCCUCAUAAAGAUAUACCAGUAUGCAAGCAAGUUGACA